UCAAAGGAUCAUCAUGGCUGAUGAUUUUGACGUUGAGGCCAUGCUGGAGGCUCCAUUCAGAAAGACUUCCCUAAUGAUAUCUCACCUCUACUCCCAUGAAUUCAUCUUUGAUUCCACUGUGAACUGUGAAAAAAAGGAAGGUAGUUAUUGUGCAUAUACUGAUGUACUGUGGUUCACUUUAGGACUAAAAGAGAUUCAACCUAGAACAUCCAAUCCCUAUUCGGUUGCAACAAGGUGAAUGCCAAUGGUUGAUAAGCCCAUCUUUACCUGUCCAGCAUAGGAGGCAGUAUUCAGAUUUACAAUCUGCAUGCCAUCACUGUUUCAGAACGUGCAGUCCUAUAUAGUCAGUUUUAAACUCCAGUUCUGAAAUGGAAAACAAAUGUUUUACACUGUGGCUUGGAUAAAAAUGUAUCACUCUGUCACCCCAAAUUGCUCAUUAGUUAGAAUAGUGUAUGACGUUGUCCCCAAAUUAAUAAGGGAUACUGAAUUGUGUUUGUAUAAAUUUAUAACUGUUUUAAAACCAAUAGUUGUAGUUUGACAACAGUAUGCUUGAAAAUGCAGAUAUUGCAGAUUGUGGACCUUCAUUGUGCGAACACAUGAGCCAUAUCAUGAUUUUAUGGCAAAAAUACAGGGCAAGAUGUGUGACAGAGGUGGCAUCGAGCUCUUACAGUCCAAGAACGAAAAUGGGUGAAGAUCACUGGACUGACACCAACCACACAGGAUCUCUUUUAGUGGCCGUGGGCCAUGCGUGGUCACAUGAUUAGGCACAAAUAGUGGCAUUGGUACGACCUAUAAGAAGGGGAAUGGAGAUGAUCUGACUUGUGUCAAAGCUUCCUGAACUCAGCUAAUAUGUUGGACACUCUCCCUUUGCUUUGUUGCAUAAGUACUGAGCAGCCUUGUAAAAAAACAGGAGUGGGAUGGGAAGCUAUUGGGGUGGUGGAAGGACACUGUCCAGACAUGACAGUAGGAAGUAUUGAAGUAUUACUAUUAAUUUAAUAUAUAUUCUGCAUUUUCUCUUGUCCCACCCCAUCCCCUUUACCUUGACGACUUGAAAUGUUUCAUCUACGUCCUCAUGAUGUUCUUCUAUCAACCUUGCUUAGGAUGAGAUCAAGUCCUCUCAUGCAAAUGGACAUGACGACCAGAACAAAAAGAAAAAGAGGAGCCGAAGCAAGAGCCGAAGCCCAGGCUCUAGGAGGAGAAGAAGCAGAAGCAAAGACAAAAAGAAGGGUAAGAAGAGGAGCAAGAGCAGAGAAAGAAAACGAAGCCGCAGCAGAGAGCGCCAUCGCAGCAACUCCCGAAGCAAGGAGCGCUCUGGCCGGUACAGAGCACGCAAGAGCCCAGUGCGGAAACGUUCCAAAAGUCGGAGCCCCUUGAAAAAAGAGAAGAGUCCCAUCAGAAAUUUUGAGGAUGCUAUCGGGCCGUAUAACAAAAUCAGGGAGCAACCAAUUGACAAUUUAACACCAGAGGAGAGGGAUGCCCGCACAGUUUUCUGUAUGCAGCUCGCUGCAAGAAUCAGAGCUCGAGACCUGGAAGAUUUCUUCUCAGCUGUUGGAAAAGUAAGAGAUGUGAGAAUGAUCUCAGACAGAAACUCCAGGAGAUCAAAGGGCAUCGCUUACAUAGAGUUUGUGGAGUCUUCUUCUGUACCACUAGCUAUUGGAUUGACUGGCCAGAGGCUUUUAGGAGUGCCCAUCAUCGUCCAGGCCUCUCAGGCAGAAAAAAAUAGAGCUGCAGCUGCUGCCAACAAUCUACAGAAGGGCAGUUCAGGUCCAAUGAGGCUGUACGUGGGCUCCCUGCACUUCAACAUUACUGAAGAAAUGCUUCGAGGGAUCUUUGAGCCUUUUGGAAAGAUUGAGGGAAUCCAGCUAAUGAUGGACAGUGAGACUGGACGAUCCAAAGGAUAUGGCUUCAUAUCUUUUGCAGAUGCAGAAUGUGCAAAAAAGGCCUUGGAGCAGCUCAAUGGCUUUGAGCUGGCCGGACGUCCGAUGAAGGUGGGGCAUGUUACAGAGCGCUCGGACUCAUCGACAGCCAGCUCAUUCCUGGACAACGACGAACUUGAGAGGACUGGUAUCGACCUGGGAACCACAGGGCGUCUACAGCUUAUGGCUCGACUAGCAGAAGGAACUGGUCUGAAAAUCCCUCCUGCUGCUCAGCAGGCUCUACAGAUGACUGGGUCCAUACCCUUUGGAAACAUUUCUGCUCCAACAUCUGUUCCAACUCCAGCGCCAAGCCAAGCCUUGAACCUCCCUUCACAGCCGUUGGCCACACACUGCCUUCAGCUGUCCAAUCUGUUCAACCCACAAUCGGAAAACGAUCCCAGCUGGGCUGUCGAGAUCCAAGAUGAUGUUAUUGAAGAGUGCAACAAACAUGGAGGAAUUGUUCACAUUUAUGUUGAUAAGAACUCUGCUCAAGGUAAUGUGUAUGUGAAGUGUCCCUCAAUACCAGCAGCGAUGGCAACUGUAAAUGCACUUCAUGGACGCUGGUUUGCAGGCAAAAUGAUAACGGCUGCCUACGUUCCCUUACCAACCUACCACAACCUUUUCCCUGAUUCUGUAACGGCGAAGCAGCUCCUAAUGCCGGCACGCCGAUAGUCUGACACUCAUGAAAGUCAGUGUAAAUACAUUGUUUGCAGUCAUUGAAACGGGACACAUUGACAUUAGUUGGCUGUGUGUAAUAAAAGUUGCCUCAAGUUCAUGUGUUCACCAUUGAAAAUUAGGCAGGUUUUUUGAGUUGCUUUUCAAAUCUUUUUGGGUUUGUGUUGUAAACUACAGGUAUAUUGGUCUGUAUGUUUUUAAAUAUUCCUGUCUUUCUGCUUGUUUAAAUCAAACCGUUUUAGAUUUAAAAUAAAUUGCAAAGAGUUACAAAACUGUUGGGUUAAUAGGCCUUAAAUGCCAAAAGUAUAUCAAUGUCAACAAUAAUCCUUUGUAACUUUUUACAGCCAUAAUUUCAUUUUUUGUAUGAAGGCUCCCAAUAAACUUUGGCAAAUUUGACAUUC